AGCUGAGCUCAGGUGAGCUGGCUCCUCCUGUCCUGUCUCAGCAGCUGCCAGCAGGCAGAUCAUGAGCCAUCAGCUCCUCUGGGGCAGGUUGUAGGACAACAAAACUCUCAUCAAAGGACCAAGUGCAUCAGGCACCAUGGGACAGUGUCGGUCAGCCAACGCUGAGGAUGCCCAGGAAUUCAGUGAUGUGGAGAGGGCCAUUGAGACCCUCAUCAAGAACUUCCACCAGUACUCGGUGGAGGGUGGGAAGGAGACGCUGACUGCCUCUGAACUACGGGACCUGGUCACCCAGCAGCUGCCCCACCUCAUGCCGAGCAACUGUGGGCUGGAAGAGAAAAUUGCCAACCUGGGCAACUGUAACGACUCUAAACUGGAGUUUGGGAGCUUCUGGGAGCUGAUUGGAGAAGCAGCCAAGAGUGUGAAGCUGGAGAGUCCUGUCCCAGGGAGUUGAAAACCUCCCUGUGAAAUUCUUGGGGAGAUGUUGGGGGAGAGGGGACCUUAGAGACCGUGACCCCAAAAUAAAACUUCUUUCC